ACCGUUAAUGUCAAUUCAUUUUCGUUAUCCCCGCCACAUCUGAAACCCUAAUUUCCGUUCUCUAACCCGCAAUGGAAAAUCUAAUUUUCUCUCUCUAACCUCCAAUUCAAAACCUGAUUUCCUCUCUCCUCUUCUCUCAUAAAUUUACUCACGAGCUGGUGAGUUCCAAAACGCACUCUUAAAUUUGAAAACUCGAAACUGACACUCUUUAUCAGUCAUUGGAAUCAGUGUUUCUAAGGCGGAAUAUAUAAGUCAAUUCGGCUGUCCUGUGAGGCUUAAAUUCACAUGUGGAAGGGAACAAGUGAUUCACAAUCAUUUUAUGCUAUACGGCCUGAAUGCUCUGAUGAUGUCCCAAAGACCCGGUUCAAGCCUAGGUCUGGAAGAACUCUUAGCGCGCGACGAUGGCAUGCUUCAUUUUCCCAAGAAGGUCAUCUAGAUAUUGCCAAAGUGCUUAGUCGAACACAGCGUGGGGGUGUCCAUCCAUCAAUUAGAGGAGAAGUUUGGGAGUUUCUAUUGGGAUGUUUUGAUCCAAAGAGCACUUACGAGGAGCGGAAUCAAUUAAGACAACAGCGAAGGGAACAAUAUGGGAGGUGGAAAAAAGAAUGCCAGGAUUUGGAUGCAGUUAUUGGCAGUGGGAAAGUUAUAACAACACCUAUAAUUACAGAAGAUGGGUAUCCUAUUCAAGAUCUGGUGGGAGAAAAACCUGACAAAGCAGUGCCUGUAAAUUUGCAAAGAGGGGAUAAUUAUACACUUGAUGAUUCUCAAGACGAAAAAUUUGAGGGGGUGAAUUCGAAAGCGGCUGCAGAUGGAUUUGUGAAUAUGGAUGUGUCUAUCAGUGAUGCACCUUUGAAUAAGAAAAUCAUUCGAUGGAAACUUACUUUGCAUCAGAUAGGUUUGGAUGUGGUUCGCACUGACCGGACACUGCUCUUUUAUGAGAACCAAGAAAAUUUGGCAAGGCUUUGGGAUAUAUUGUCAGUUUAUUCAUGGAUAGAUGAGGACAUUGGUUACUGUCAAGGAAUGAGUGAUCUUUGCUCUCCAAUGGUUAUUCUUCUCGAAAAUGAAGCAGAUGCCUUUUGGUGCUUUGAGCAUCUAAUGCGUAAACUUCGAGGAAAUUUUAGAUGCACAGUAAGCUCUAUUGGGGUUCAAUCACAACUUGAUAAGCUAGCAUCGGUAAUCCGAACUCUUGAUCCCAAGCUUCAUCAACACUUAGAGAUGCUGGAUGGAGGGAACUACUUGUUUGCAUUUCGCAUGCUGAUGGUCCUUUUCCGAAGAGAAUUCUCAUUUGGGGAUUCUCUGUUUCUUUGGGAGCUGAUGUGGGCUCUUGAGUAUGACCCAAACCUGUUCUCUUCAUACAAAGUGUUGGGUUCGGCUGCUUUAAAUAGUGGGCUGGCAAAAGGGAAAGAUAAGAUGAAACAGUAUGGGAAGUUCGAGAGAGAGAACAUGAAGAAUGGGAAGAACAAAGAGAGUCCCCCAAUAUCGGUUUUCGUAGUUGCCGGUGUCCUCAAAGCCAAGAGCUCCAGGCUGUUGAAGGAAGCAAGUGGUCUUGAUGAUGUUGUCAAGAUUCUGAACGAUAUAACUGGAAAAUUGGAUGCCAAAAAGGCUUGCAAAGAUGCAAUGAAUCUUCACAAGAAGUAUCUGAAGGCCAAUAAAUCCUAGGCAUCAAUCGGCUUGCAACUAGUUUUUCGUAUCGGAAGAUUCUAAAAAGACGUUACAGUCUUGCAGCAUAUUUACGGGGGCUGCAUUUGCUUGAACCCUUUUGGAAAUCACAGAUUCCCGGUGAAUCUCUCUCUCUGUCCCCCUCUCCCUCCCUCCCUCCCUCCCUCUUUCUCCAAUGCCAUAGUUUGUAAUUUUGAGCACUCUCUCCCCUUUCUAUGUCAUUGUUUGUAAUUUUUGUCUGUAAUUUGAUCACUCUUCUCUCCAACCCAUGCUCUUUCUUUCUCUGCAUGGGGCAAUUUUUGCUAUAUAUUUUCCGCAUUCUGUAAUUUAUGCUCUCUCAGUCACAUGUGUGUAAUUUUUUCUCUCUUCCCCAGCUUUUCUUUUGUUCUUUUGGUAUUAUGUUUGAUUAUUGUAUAACUGGAUUGAUUGUGUUUAUUCCUCGAGGGAAACAGUAGGGAGAUGUAUUAUUUAUUAUGGUAUUUCUGAGACUUGGCAAUACAAACUUCCUAUUGAACUGUAA